CCUCCUCCGGAUGGCGGCCCAGCCUCCGCCCCUUAGCGGAUGCGCGGCGGAGGCAGGCAGAUGAGGCGGGUUAAAGGUGGUGCCGCCGGCAGGGAAGUUUAAAGGAGGAGGAGGAGGAGGAAGGAAGGACGCUCGCUCUCUCUCUUGCUUGCCGGCACUAGAGGCGUCGUUGCUGCUGCUGCUCCUGCUGCAUCAUGGCGGAGCCGGGCGACUCGCCUCUCCACGUCCAGCAGCAGCAGCAGCAGGAGGAGGCAGAGCAGGAGCCUCAGCCACAGCCUCAGCCUCAGCCAGAGCCCACUGUUGCUGCUCCAGUUGCUGCUGCUGCUCCUCCGGCCAGCCCGGCCCCCGCAGCAGCAGCAAUCGUCUGGCCCAUCCUGCGGGACGCCUAUGAGCUGCAGGAGGUGAUCGGUAGUGGGGCCACAGCUGUAGUCCAAGCAGCGCUAUGCAAACCCAGGCAAGAACGUGUAGCAAUAAAAAGAAUCAACUUAGAAAAAUGCCAGACAAGUAUGGAUGAAUUGCUUAAAGAAAUUCAAGCCAUGAGUCAGUGCAGCCAUCCCAACAUAGUUACAUAUUUUACAUCUUUUGUGGUCAAGGAUGAACUUUGGUUGGUUAUGAAACUGCUAAGUGGAGGGUCCAUGCUGGAUAUAAUAAAGUAUGUUGUCAAUAGAGGAGAGCACAAGAGUGGUGUUCUUGAAGAAUCAAUAAUAGCAACAAUUCUUAAAGAGGUUUUGGAAGGCCUAGAUUAUCUUCACAGGAAUGGGCAAAUUCAUAGGGAUUUAAAAGCUGGUAAUAUUCUUCUGGGUGAAGAUGGCUCUGUACAAAUAGCAGAUUUUGGUGUUAGUGCAUUUUUAGCCACGGGAGGGGAUGUGACUCGUAACAAAGUAAGAAAGACUUUUGUUGGCACUCCAUGUUGGAUGGCACCUGAGGUCAUGGAACAGGUGAGAGGCUAUGACUUCAAGGCUGACAUUUGGAGCUUUGGAAUAACUGCCAUUGAAUUAGCCACAGGAGCUGCACCUUACCACAAAUACCCUCCAAUGAAAGUAUUAAUGCUGACCUUGCAAAAUGACCCUCCUACGUUGGAAACGGGUGUAGAAGAUAAAGAAAUGACAAAAAAGUAUGGCAAAUCCUUUAGAAAAUUAAUUUCAUUGUGUCUUCAAAAAGACCCUUCUAAAAGGCCUACAGCUGCAGAACUUUUAAAAUGCAAAUUCUUCCAGAAAGCAAAGACUAGAGAAUACUUGAUUGAAAAAUUGCUUACAAAGACUCCUGACAUAGCACAAAGAGCAAAAAGGGUCAGAAGAGUGCCGGGUUCCAGUGGCCAUCUGCACAAGACAGAAGAUGGAGACUGGGAGUGGAGCGAUGAUGAGAUGGAUGAAAAAAGUGAAGAGGGUAAAGCUGCUUUUUCCCAAGAAAAGUCGCGAAGGGUUAAAGAAGAAGAGAAUGCUGAGAUUUCCAUGAAUUCCAGCAAUAUCCCUGAUCAAAUACAGAAUCUGUCUAUAAAAGGUUCUCAGACUCGACCUGCUGUUAGCAAUGAAUGUGGUGAAAUUCCGUGUGCUGUGAAUCUUGUUUUAAGACUAAGGAAUUCUAGAAAGGAACUUAAUGACAUACGAUUUGAAUUUACUCCAGGCAGAGACACAGCAGAUGGUGUAUCUCAGGAGCUGUUCUCUGCAGGCCUGGUUGAUGGCCAUGAUGUAGUUAUAGUUGCUGCUAAUUUACAAAAAAUAGUAGAUGAUCCAAAGGCCUUGAAAACAGUAACCUUUAAGCUGGCAUCUGGCUGUGAUGGUACGGAGAUCCCUGAUGAAGUAAAACUGAUUGGGUUUGCUCAGCUCAGUGUCAGCUGAUGCCAGUCUCUCGACCCCCUCAGCACAAUGGUGAGAUUGCAAAGAGGCCAGCUAUAAUCGCGAAGGAAAAUUUCCAGGCUCCGCACACAAACAAACACACACACACACACACUGAGUUCUGCUUCAUUCUAUAGCAAUUCACCACCUUGGAACAAGCAAAGCCCACAGCUACACUGCUCCUGCUAACAUUCCAAAAGCUACUAAAUGUGUCUCUCGCAAUCAGUUUGGAUUUCCCCGAAGCGAACAAACAAGACGGAUUGGAAAUGCGCUCAGGUGGCUGUAUCCAUUGGUUACAAAAGGAAUUUUCUAUUAGAGCUAUUUCUUCUUUAAUUAAAAAAAACUGGUAAUAACUAUUUUAGCAGCUAAUACUGACUCUGCUGUUGUAUGUAGAAAUGAACAUAAUGAUAAAUUCUAGGGCUUAAUUAGCCAAACUUGAAUUUUUGUUCUGAAACCAACUGUGAAUUUUAUUUUCCCCCUUAUAUUUAUGCAUUAUCCAUCCUGGCUGUGAGAAAUUGAUUUUAACCCCAUUCUUAAUUUAUGUGCUACUUGCAGUUGAACACACUCGUUUAAAGAGAGUUUCAGGUUUAUCCUCAAAGCCUAUGUCACAAUCUCUGGUUUUUUAAACUGAGGUAGGCAUUUAGUUUUGGUUUUGUUUUGGUUUGUGUGUCCUUUUAAAAAAAAAUCCAUGAGGGGAUUGUCAGGGGUGUGGGAGGUGCCUUGCAGAUAUUAAUGUCCUAAGAUUGUGCCUAAAGCUGUGUGAAUCGGAGCUCAUCUCAUUUCUAGAUCUAGCAUGUCUAGAUCUCUGAGUAAUGAGGAAGAUUUAUUGUAGCAGAGACUUGAGAUAAAUACAUAUGGCCUACAUUCUGCUUCGUGGGGGGAAUCACAAGCUGAAAUUUCUUUAAACAGUUGCCAUUAAGCUAAAAUGCCUUUACUCUGCCCAUCUCUGAUUUGGCUUAUCUUGAAGGGAUAGGAAUUGUUUUAUAAUGAGGAAAAAAAACUUGAAGAGAAUCUAAGCUUUACUUGAAAUUCUGUAGAACACCCAGAUGGAGUGCAAAUAAUAGGAAAGGGCUUUGUGCAAUGAUUUAAAAGUUGAAGAAGCAAAUUUCUGUUACAUUUUUUUAAAAAAACACACUUCUGACCGAAGUCAUAUGCUUAACCUGUGGCAUAGAUAUUUUGGAGCUAGUAAAUGUUAGAAAGGUUCUCUAAUCUGAAGCUUAUUUUCAGAGGAGUGGGUUUCUUGGAUGCUACCUUGCUAAGCUCACUUCCUAGAUAAACUUGGAUAAAUGGCAGCUCCCUAACACAUGGGGGGAAAUGGCAAAUGUGUUAUUUAAGAGUUAUUUAUAAUGCCUUGUCAUAAAUGUUUGAGGUGUUCUAGAGCCAUUUGCGUACAACUCAGUGUAAUUUCAUUCCAUUCUAUUGUUUACACAAUGAUUACUCAAAGAUUGACUGCAGAGGUAAAAGGAAAUAAAAGCGUAUUGCACAAAA